AUGCAAGAGCCAAACGUUUGGUUUAUCACGGGCACCACCUCGGGCAUAGGUGCUGCCCUUGUGGAACAGUUCGCCGAAAGGGGCGAUAAGGUCAUCGCAACGGGCCGGAAUGCGACGGCGCGGCUAGCAGACAAGAAGUCGGAUAACAUCGCACCUUUCGACCUCGAUGUGACCUCCCCGCUUGCCGAUAUCAAAUCCCAGGUACAGCAAGCUGUUAAGAUCUUCGGGCACAUCGACUUCGUUGUUAGUAAUGCCGGUUAUUCUCUCUUGUCUUCGAUCGAAGAAGCGGAGUAA